GUUAUAUAUAGAUUCAUUACCAAAUUAAUUUGAUAAUUGUAAUAUUUUGUCUUAUAUAGUGUCUUCUUGUACAUACAGCCAAUGGUGAUAGGAGAAGCCGACGGCGAUUGGUGAUCUCAUGGGAGUUAUAAAGAUGAUAGGCCUCUCCGUCGUGGGAAUUGAAAAUGUCCAUUUCUAUCAAUCCAUUCGUCUUUCGCAUGUAUCAUUGUUCUGAUGCAUUGUCGCAAUAAAUUGUCAGAAUUUUAUUUUUUUUUUUGUAUUUUUAGUUUUCUCGGGUGGAGAAAUUGCCGGUUGCAAUUUUUCUAUUGCAAAUCUGAGGAAUUGAAAAAGUCGCCUGAAAAUAAUCCUAUAUUUAUGAAAAAAAAAAGAUGGCUGCUUUGGGUAAUACAAACUUUUACUUGUGUAAAUCCUCGGAUUUAGGCUGCUACGGUGCCGCUUCCGUUAAGGCGACGCCAUUGAAGGCGAUAGUGUUUCUCGGCAGAGGUCGGAAAUCAGAGAUUUACAGUGGAUCGAGCUUCGUACCGCCAAUUAAGGCAAUGGAAGCUUCCGAAACGACGACGCACCGUGGAAAACAAUCGGUACGCAAUUCCCACAAAUGCUCCGAUGAUUCAGGGGAAAGCAUACUUAAAACAUCUACUGUUGGAAACUCGUCAAAUAUCUUGUGGCACAAGUGUUCUGUAGAAAAAGGCGACAGGCAGGCUUUGCUCAACCAGAAGGGGUGUGUUAUUUGGAUUACUGGGCUAAGUGGAUCGGGAAAAAGCACCGUGGCAUGCGCUUUAAGUCGUGCCUUACAUGCAAGAGGAAAGCUCACAUACAUCCUUGAUGGGGAUAACUGCAGGCACGGUCUCAAUUGCGAUCUUAGCUUUAAAUCUGAGGAUCGAGCUGAGAACAUCCGAAGGAUAGGGGAGGUGGCUAAACUCUUUGCUGAUGCUGGAGUCAUUUGCAUUGCGAGUCUAAUAUCGCCGUUCAGGAAGGAACGAGAUGCUUGCCGUAAUUUACUGCCUGAAGGAGAUUUUAUAGAGGUGUAUAUGGAUGUACCCCUAGAAGUCUGUGAGACAAGGGACCCAAAGGGUCUGUACAAGCUUGCACGAGCUGGAAAGAUCAAAGGUUUCACAGGCGUUGAUGAUCCAUAUGAACCACCAUUGAACUCUGAGAUAGUGUUGCAACAAAGAGAAGAAAGUUGUGACAGUCCAACUGUUCAGGCUGAAAAAGUAGUUUCUUACUUGGAAACAAAAGGGUGGAAUCCUUGUUCACGAGACAAAGAAACGGAAAACGAAUUGGAGUGUCACCUUAAAACAAAUGCUCCAAAUGUUAAAAAUGAGCCUCCAUCUCCUGCACCAAUAUACCGACACCCUAGGCCACACCGGGAACCCGAACGUCUGAUCGAGUGGCCGAUCAGCCCCUCCCCGCACCUCCAACGGCAACCAAACGUACCUCGAGUCCCUCAGGUCUGCCGGAUUCCACCUGUCUGCCAUGAAAAUAAACGAGCCGGGCAACCCGUGCAGCUGCACCACAUGCGUACCUUGCGCGAAGAACGUGACCCCCCGGAAAACCCGGCCCCCACCCACGCACGGGUUCCCCACCUCCUCCCACGGGCCCAUAACCGACCCGGCCGCGUGCACGAGCGCCUCGUUCGGUGCCCAUCCAGUGCACCCGGAUGUGAUCAUGUAGUACACGCCACCGUGCUUGAACAGCGCAGGGGCCUCCCGGUGCUGCCGCAGAAGGACCCUGCUGCCGCCGUUUGCCACGUCGAGGUAGUCCUCGCACAGCAGGCCCGCGUGGAGCUCGCUGUUGUCCUCAGACGAGUAGAUGAGGUAGGCAGUCCCAUCGUCAUCCUUGAAGACGGUCAUGUCCCGGCUCUCGCUCCCGUUGGGCCGCAUGCUGCCGAGGUACACAAACGGGCCUGUGGGCUGGUCGGCAACAGCAACACCCGCGGAGGCCCAUGUGUAGUUGCCAUUGUCCACGUGCAUCCACAUCACGUACUUGCGUGUCCGGUCGUUGUAGACGACCUUGGGCCGCUCGAGGACGUUCGAUGGGUGGAGGUCGUGGGUCUUGUUGCCGGGCUCGGCAGCCAGUACGAUGCCCUCGUUCUUCCAUGUCCAUAG